AGACCCAUAUCGAAGUAUUCUAAGUUGGGGGUAUUUAAACUGAUUAUUUCCAAUUUUCAUCAUGCUCGUGUACCUUUCAAAUUUUAUAGAAUUUUGGGCGAUUUUUGAAUGAAAAUGAAAUGCGUCAAACGUCACGUGUAAAUAAUUUGCACGCACGCGUUAAUUUUUGACACUUUAAAAAAAUCGUGAAAUUAAAGGAAUAAGUAAAAAAGUAGUGAUUUUGGCAGAUGUAGUUUUAAUCAUAAUGCGAUGCAUCAAAUAACAAUAGUGAAGCUAACGGUAUUAUUUCCUUGGGAAACUUUCUUUUCAAUUCUUAAUUAAAACAGACCCAUUCCCGAGAAAAUGGUAGUGAAAACUACCCCAAAACGUACUGUACGUAUUUUACUAGUAGGAGAUAGUGGUGUCGGUAAAACUUCGUUAAUAUUAUCGCUGGUUAGUGAGGAGUUCCCUGAAAAUGUGCCUCAUAAAGCUGAAGAAAUCACCAUACCUGCAGAUGUUACUCCAGAGCAGGUGCCCACAAAUAUUGUGGACUUUUCUCUCGCUGAGCAAACAGAAUCUGACCUGAAUGAACAAAUUAGAAAAGCUAGUGUCGUUUGCGUCGUAUAUGCUGUAGAUGAUGAUGAUUGCAUUGAUAGGAUAACUUCAUAUUGGAUGCCUCUCAUCAGACAAAACCAUCCGGAUUCGUCAUGUCCUGUCGUCCUUGUGGGAAACAAAAUAGAUCUUGUUGAAUAUUCCACAAUUGAUGGUAUUUUUGGAAUAAUGGAAGAGUUUUCAGAAAUUGAAACAUGUAUAGAAUGUUCUGCUAAAACAUUAAAAAACAUUUCUGAAAUGUUUUAUUAUGCACAGAAAGCCGUUCUGCAUCCCACAGCACCAAUAUAUUCUGUAGAGAAGGCUGAUCUGUCAGAUGCAUGCAAAAAUGCGCUAAUACGUAUUUUCAAAAUAUGUGAUAUAGACUGUGACGGUCUUCUCAAUGAUAUUGAACUAAAUAACUUCCAAAGUCGUUGCUUCAAUGCUCCCUUGCAACCUCAAGUUUUAGACGACGUUAAAGCUGUUUUACGCAAAAAUAUGGAAGAUGGAGUAUGUCAGAACUGCGUUACUUUGAAGGGUUUCUUAUAUUUACACAGUCUAUUUGUACAGAGGGGUAGAAACGAAACUACUUGGACUGUACUUAGAAAAUUUGGUUACAAUGAUAAUUUGAAUAUGUCUAAAGAUUAUUUAUUUCCCAGUCUUAAAGUUCUAUCAGGAUGUACCACAGAACUUUCAUACAAAGGGCAACAGUUCCUGACCCAUUUAUUUGAAAGGUACGACAAAGAUAGAGACAAAUGUCUAUCGCCGCAAGAAUACGAGGAAUUGUUUUCGACUUGUCCUACACCCGCCUGGGGUCCUGACGUCAGUACUAUGGUACCUACAAACGAAAAGGGAUGGAUAACCUAUCAAGGAUACAUGUGCCAAUGGGCGUUGAUGACUCUGACAGAUUUGCCAAGAACUUUUGAAUAUUUAGCUUACUUAGGGUACAAUAUUUACGAAAAUGAGAAUCAAGUUACUGCCGUACAAGUUACAAGAGAUAAAAAAACUGAUUUAGCUAAAAAACAAUCCAGUAGAAAUGUGUACCAGUGCCAUGUGAUUGGCCCAUCAAGUUCUGGAAAAUCAACAUUUUGUAGAAAUUUCAUUAAACCAAUUUUGGAUUCAAAUAAACUUCAGCCUGAUAAAUCAGGAACACCGAACUGUACAGUAAAUGUCAUUCAAGUGUAUGGACAAGAAAAAAUAAUGGUUCUUAAGGAUAUAAAGGGAAGAAAUAUAUCUGAUCCUCUUUUACCUAGUGAAGUUCAAUGUGAUGUAGCCUGCUUGAUUUAUGACCAGAGUAAUCCCACGUCUUUUGAAUAUAUUGCUAGGAUUUACAUUAAAUAUUUUGCCGAGAGUAAAAUACCAGUGCUGAUUGUGUCAUGUAAAGACGAUUUGGACGAAGUGAAGCAAGAUUACUUAUUACAGCCAGCCAGUUUUUGCCAAAAGUACAAAAUUCUACCCCCGCAGAAAUUCUCUGCCAAAGGUCAUAACAGGAAGGAUGUUUUCAUUAAAUUAGCAACUAUGGCUGCUUUCCCGAAUUUCCGCGAAUUUGGAGUGUUAGCAACAGGCACCCCAGUUUGGUGGAAAGCAGGAAUCAGUCUGGCCGCCGUCACUGCCCUAGGAUUUUUAUUAGCCAAAGUCUUACAUACUGCUGAUAAAUCAAGAUAAUUUAAAAUACUAUAUGUAAAAAAAUAACAAUUAUAUUUAUUGUACAUUAAUUUACUGUACCUUAUUUUUUAUAUUUAUUGUGGCAGAAAAUUUUUCUCUAGAGUAGAGCUUAUUUAAAUAGACCGACGUUGAAAGUAUGAUAGUGCGACUGAUGUAAAUGUGGUGCAAUCAUAUAAGAGAUUUCAAGUUUUUGUUUCAUAUUAAUUUUCCUGACUCUGGUCUAUUUUAACUACUAAUUAAAUUAUAAUGGAUAUCAUUGACAAACGACAGUAAUGUAGUGAGUUCAUAAAUUUUAUGUUUUUUACCUAAACAUGACAUAUUUAUUUAUCACUUAGAUUCAUUUCAUCUAUUACUAUUACUCGAAUAUGCUAAUUCUAUGAUUGGUUUCUUAGCGACAUUCCUUUUUUAUGCAUAACUCAAAAGAAAGGAUUUACCUCAACAUUUGACAGGAGUUAUACUUACAAUUUUAAGGACUAAUAAAUGUAUCCUGUAAUUUUUUACACUAUUUUAUAGCCUUUCUGGGUGAAUUUAUGAAUAAAAACUCAAAAGUUUUUGUUUAAAAAGUUACACCUUCAAUCAGAAGCGAGGUAAGUCUAUAAAAAAUAGUUACAAUCAAUUUACAUUAAAUUGACGAGUAUCAACAUUAGGAAAAUUAGUAUUGAAAACAUUAUACACAAC